UUCGCUGCCCACGGCUGUGGGCGACGACCCGGCCGCGGGUAUAAACAGCUUCCCGGGACUCCAGCUCGUCACUGCAAGAGCCGCAGCAACUCGUUCACCAGAGCUGAACCUCAGCAGAGAUAGCAGCAAGCAGGCACUUCCACGCCGCGCAGGCUAACUCGCUUUCGGCUUUGGUUCGAGAUGGAGACUCGUUGCAACAUGAGGCGCUCAAGGACCCGCAACUUUAAGGGUGGACUAACUUUGUGGCUGAUUCUGUAUCUGGUGGUGGUGAAGCCGGGCGGGGUGUCAGCAUGCCCCAGGCUGUGUGUGUGUUACCCCACGCCCAUGACGGUCAGCUGCCAGGCCCAGAACCUCACCAUAGUUCCGUCCGGUGUGCCGUAUGACUCACAACGUGUUUUCCUGCAGAACAACCGCAUCACAGAGCUGCGUGCUGAUUCUUUUGGCUUCGAGACACAGGUGCUUUGGCUGUAUGGCAAUAACAUUACAUGGAUCGAGGCCGGAGCCUUCAGUAACCUCAGGGUGCUGGAGGAGCUGGAUCUGGGUGAUAACCCACUACACCGUCUUGAAGGUGGAGCUUUCAGGGGCUUGGAGAAGCUGCAGAGCCUGCACAUGCAUCGCUGCAAGCUGGCCACUCUCCCCCAUGACCUCUUCCACAAGCUUUACAGCCUGCAAUUCCUCUACCUGCAGGAGAAUCAGCUCCACUUUCUGCAAGAUGACCUGUUCUCAGAUCUGGUCAACCUCACCCAUCUCUUCUUGCAUGGAAAUCGCAUCCGUGCCCUCUCUGAGAAUGUGUUCAGAGGUCUGGUCAACCUAGACCGCCUUCUUCUCCACGACAACCGUGUCCGACAGGUCAACCGACGGGCUUUCCGUGACCUGGGCCGCCUGACCAUCCUUUACCUGUUCAACAACUCCCUGGCCGAGCUGCCAGGCCAGGCCAUGAAAGACACCCAAGGCAUCCAGUUUCUCCGCCUCAACGCUAACCCCUGGUCUUGCGGAUGUGAGGCUCGUCCCCUGUGGGAGUGGUUCCGCAAGGCCCGCAUCUCCUCCUCUGAGCUCAUGUGCAGCUCCCCAUCCCAUCGCCGUGGCCAGGACCUCCGAUUCCUCCGCGAGAUGGACUUCGCCCUCUGCCCUCUGCCUGACCCCGGCUCAAUGGCGGGAACCACCACGACCACCUUCAGCACCAAAACCCGCUGGUGGUUCUCCAAGAACAAGCCCGCAUCUUCAUCCAAGUCCUCAUACCAGAAGAACAGCGAGGUGAAAGCCUUCUCCGGCGGAAAGUCUCAGUACCUCCCCAAAACUCCCGUUGAAACCAUCUCCUCCAAGUAUGAACUGUCCGAGGCUGAAGCAGCGCUCCCAAAGCUGGACCCAGAAGAAUACUGGGCCAACUACGGCAACGAAGAUUCCUCCAUCCGCUGCUUAGAGCUGGAGUGUGCUCCAGGCUAUGAUAACCCAGCCUUCCCCUCGUCCUCCUCCUUACCCAGCACCCCAACCCUCCUCCACCUCCUUUCCCUCUCCAUAGUCACAUUCUCCCUUCAUUUCCUUUUUGGCUGAACUCUUCUCCCCGCCAAUCCCAUUUCCCCCUUCUGAUUUCUCUCCCUGCUCUUUCCAACUCUAACAAAAACCUGAGUCUUGAUUCCUUUCAGUCACCUCCUCGACUUGCAGGAGGUGCUACACUGACGCAGGAGAUAGGCGAGGCAGCAGGGAGCUGUUUUAAAAGAGCAGAGAUAAGAGUAGAUGUAGAGCAGAACACGAUUUCAGUGUCGAGGUAGCUGCUGCUUAAUAGUACAGGCGUGAAAAGCAGAGAUCAGAACAUGGAAACUGACUCUGAUAGUGACGGUACAAAGGCAGAAAACUACAACGACAUGAUGAAAUGACAGAGACACAACACACAGACAGCUGGUGGUGUCUCCAGAUGUUUUUUGAUAUCACAGCUGUAAACAACGCAGGCGUUGUGACUCGUCGACAGCUAUUUUCUAUAUCAACUAGUGCUCACCAUCACCGCUAACGCUGUCCCUCACUUUUUUAUUAAUUUCAUCAUGAAUAAAGGUGGUGAUUAAUGAAAGCCGAAGCAGGAGAAAGAUGAGGAUUAACAAAGAUAAUGAGAGUCUUAGGAGGAAAGAGAAUAAAAAGAAAGAAUAACAGCGAGAAGUGGAAAGAAAAUCAACACAACGUGAGCAGAGUGAGCUUAAGAUAUUCAUCUUAAGGCGGAAAAAGAAUGAGAGCAUCAUUAGAACUGCAGCCAAGAGCGGCUCUCCCAGAGAUGCCAGCAAACCACCACCACCUACACUUGUACAUACUACUCAUCAUCAGUGCACAUACAAACAUCCUUAAACUGCUCUCUACUUUAGAAUAGCUGCAUUUUUACUUUUCAUUUUAGUACCAUUUAGCAUCUUGUGAUGAUAGAAGAGCUACUUAGAUUGUGAAUGGAAGGUAAACUAAUGAAAUGUGGAAACUCCUUUUUUUGGCCCUGUGUGUGUUUUCUCGUCUCUUCGAGAUAUUACAUAUUUUAAAGGGAAGGUAUGUGCGUUGUAGUGUGUGUGUGUGUGUGUGUGUGUGUGUAAUAACCAAAGUCCUGAGAAGACCAGUUUAAAUAGGUCUCUUCUUUAAAUGAGUGUCUGUGUCUAUGUUUUUUCUUUAAAAGAGCAAGGUAAAAACAACACCUGGACUGAAUCCUACACAGCUCUUUGUGUUGUUUGAAGCCUCAGGUCUCUGUCCUGCUGGUUCCUGUUACAUUACACUUACACCUUGAAAACAAUUACAAAUUCUGCCACACACUGUUCGCUUACUGCUGAAAUAUUUAUUGAGACUAUGUUUUGGUAUGUCCACUCUUCAUCAGGUAUAUAUAAUGCAUACCUACACCUGAUAAAUGUAUGUAAAAUAUAAAUUCCUGAUGAAAACUAGAUAGACUACACUUUCGAUAGAUUGCACUUUCAGAUGUGCACAGACUUUUUUCUCAAGAUUACACUUACACCUGCAAUGCACCUGUAUGUAUGAGGACGUGUGUUUCCUUUCAGCUCAGAUUGAUAGUUGAAAAGGUCAUUUAUGCACAGAUAAACUUGCUGGGACCCAUAUGUGUUUAAAUUAACUCUAUCGUUUCUGAAAUGCAUGGGAAUCUUGGUCUGGUUUUAUACUAUUUUCUGAUUUUAUGGUAAAUCCCAAAAUUUUGUUUGGUUAUACAUAAAAUCAUCUGUCUCAUAUUAAAGCUGUACUUUAUAAGAUAACCUUUCCGACUCCACUGUGUGUUUUUGGAUAAUGGGAUGGGUGUUUACUGAGCAGUCUGUUCAACACAAUGUCAAUAGAUCCUGAUUGUGAUCUACAUUAGGACUGCAAAUAACAAUUAUUUUCUAAAGUAAUCAAUCAAUCAGUUGGUCUAUAAAAUGUCAGAAAAUAGUGAAAAAUGACUCCCAGAUUGUCAAAAUAAAAGGUGAUGUCUGUGGAUGUCUUGUUCUCUCAAUCCAAAUCCCAAAGCUAUUCAGUUUAAUAUGAUAUAAAGCAGCAAAAAACAUGAAAUCACCAUAUUUGAGAAAACAGCUUUUUCUGACACUUUUUUUAAAUUUGUGGACUAACAAAAUGGUUGUCAAUAAUUUUUGAAUAAUUGUUGCAGCUCUAUUCUGCUGGAGGUCACAAGUUUCUUGUCAUCCCCAAAUGUUAGUAAGUCCAUACCAAUGAACCCAAACCAGGAGUGAGUUUCUACUUAGAACAUGACAGAUAACGUAACUCUGUUAGAUUCUGUAUUUUUCAAUGGAAAAAGUAGUUUGGAAAGUGUCUUGCUUUAUUGAAAAAUAAACAAACAAACAAAAGUG